GCUUCCCUCGGCAUCUCAAGGACUUUCUCCCACUCCCGCAUCCGGAGGCAUUCAUUCAAGGCAGGAAGCUCACACAGCAGUUGGAGAACAUGGUGGACGUGGACCACCGGAUGGCCGGGCUGGCCCCCGCGGCGGCGGCGCACGCGGCGGGGCUCCGCCGCCUGUCCACGCGCGCCGCCGCGGGCCCCGCGUCGGCGUCCGCGUCGCCGCGCCACGGGCUGCACUCCUUCCACGCCGUGGCGGCGGGGGUGCUCGCCCACCUCCGCGCGGCCGGGGUGGCCGUCCUCCCGGGCCUCUCCGACUCGGAGCUCGCCCGCGCGGAGGCCGAGUUCGGGUUCGCCUUCCCGCCGGACCUCCGCGCCGUCCUCGCCCUCGGCGUGCCCUCGGGCGCCGGGUUCCCGGACUGGCGGGGACGCGCGGGCCUCCGCGCCGCGUUCGACCUCCCCGCAGCCGCGGCGUCGCUGCAGACCGCGCGGGGCGCGCUGUGGCCGCGCUGCUGGGGGCGGCGGCCCGCCGACCCGGACCGCGCCCUGCGCCUCGCGCGCGCCGCCAUCCGCCGCGCGCCGCUGCUCGUGCCGCUCUUCGACCGCUGCUACCUGCCCUGCCGCCCCGGCCUCGCGGGGAACCCGGUCUUCUUCGUCGCCGACGACCGCGUGCUCUGCUGCGGCCUCGACCUGCUCCACUUCUUCACCCGGGAGUCGUCGUUCCAGCCGACGUUGGAUCACGCCGUCUCCUCCCCGCUGGCCUCCCCGCUCUCCGCCGGCGCGAGCACGGCGUCGUGCACGCGCCGGAGCCUCGACGCCGUCCAGGCCCCGCGCUGGAUCGAGUUCUGGAGCGACGCCGCCUCCGACCGCCGCCGCCGCGACUCCUCGUCCUCGGAAGCCUCCACCACCUCGUCAUCCUCCUCGUCGGGAUGCCCGUCGCCACCCCGGCGGUCAACCCCGCGGUGGGUCGACAACUACCUCGACGAGCUCGGGUCAAUGCUGAAGAAAGGCGGCUGGAGGGACAGGGAAGUGGACGAGAUGGUCGAGGUCACCGCUUCCGGCCUCUUCGACGGCGAGGAGGCCCCCGGACCGGACACCGAGGCCGUCCUCGACGCGCUGGUCCUGAAGACGGACCGGUGCUCGGACUCGCUCCGGCGCGCCGGGUGGACCUCCGAGGACGUGUCGGACGCGCUGGGUCUGGACUCCCGGCGGGGCAAGGACCGCUCCAGGGCGGCCGUGCGGAUCCCGCCGGAGAUCGCCGCCAGGGUCCAGCGCCUCGCGCAGGCGCUGGCGGACCCCUGACCCCCCGAUCGAUUUUCUCCCCGGCCCUUCUGAUUCUUUGUCACCUCGAGCAGGAAUCAAACUACACUUGUAUAAG